CGGGCGCAGGGAGGGCGGGGGGGAUGUCGGCCACGUGCGCCGUGUCCCGGAAAGCGCCGCUGCCAAGGCCGCGUCCCCAGGGCGAGAGGGAGCCGCCCGCCAAGGUGAUGCGCAGGGGCCUGCGGCGAGGCCGCGAGGAGGAGCGCGAGCAGCUGCCGUGGCCAGGAGAGAGCGCGAGCGGCAUGGGCGCGGAGGCCGAGGCGGAGCGGGCGGCACCGCUGAGCGACGAGCGGCGGAGGCGGCCGCCUCUAGAGCCGAGGGCUCUGACGACGGCAUCGGCCAGGGCGGUGGAGGAGGAGGAACGCCUGGAGCGGGAGCAUUUUCGGAGGAUCAUCAACGCUUUCCGAUAUUACGGAACGAAUAUGCAUGAACGAGUGAACAGGACAGAGAGGCAGUUUAAGUCUCUCCCAGCUAACCAACAGAGUCUUCUUCCUCAAUUUCUUCCUCACCUUGACAAGAUUCGGAAGUGCAUUGAUCAUAAUCAAGAAAUACUACAAACCAUUGUGAAUGACUGUGUUCAUAUGUUUGAAAAUAAAGAAUAUGGGGAAGAUGGAAGUGGGAAGAUUACACCAGCUUCAACAUUUGACAUGGAUAAAUUAAAGUCCACAUUGAAACAAUUUGUGAGAGACUGGAGCGAAGAGGGAAAAUCUGAGAGAGAUUCCUGCUACCAGCCAAUUAUUAGUGAAAUUUUAAAGAACUUUCCAAAAGAAAGAUGGGAUUUCUCCAAAGUUAAUAUCCUGGUACCUGGUGCUGGGCUAGGUAGAUUGGCGUGGGAAAUAGCUAUGCUCGGUUAUGCUUGCCAAGGAAAUGAAUGGAGCCUCUUUAUGCUCUUUUCUUCUAACUUUGUACUCAACAGAUGCUCUGAAAUUAACUCAUGUAAGCUUUAUCCCUGGAUUCAUCAAUUUAGCAAUAACAGAAGAUCUGCUGAUCAGAUACGACCAAUUUAUUUCCCAGAUGUUGAUCCUCACAGUCUUCCUUCAGGUUCAAACUUCUCUAUGACAGCAGGGGAUUUUCAGGAAAUUUAUUCUGAGUGCAAUACUUGGGACUGUGUAGCAACUUGCUUUUUCAUAGAUACAGCACAUAAUGUUAUUGAUUAUAUUGAUACUAUAUGGAAAAUACUAAAGCCUGGAGGAAUAUGGAUAAAUGUAGGUCCUCUCCUUUACCAUUUUGAAAACUUGGGAAAUGAACUUUCCAUAGAAUUAAGCUAUGAGGAUAUAAAAAAUGUUAUCCUGCAAUAUGGAUUCCAUAUAGAGGUGGAGAAAGAAUCUGUACUGUCAACUUACACUGUGAAUGAACUCUCCAUGAUGAAAUACUACUAUGAAUGUGUGUUGUUUGUGGUGAGAAAACCAGAACAGUAGUGGUCUGAAUAGGUUAUUGAGAAAAUAAUGUUGGCUUGAAAGCUAGAAAUGAGAAUAAAAUGAUCUGGUGAAGUAUGGACACAACCUCAAAUCAGUGGUGCCUUCUUGUUCCUAAGAGGAUAUAGAUAGUGUCUAUUUUCUUAAUAUCUCUAUUGCUAUUCAGACAUAUACUAUGCCAUGCAUAUUCAUAAUAUACUUGUGAAAGAUUAAAUGUUCACAUGCACUGUCUUUGGGCUUUGGAAUGCAUUAAAUGUAAAAGCAAAAGUGUUUUCUUGAGAACAAAAUUUAAUGUUUGCCAUAACUAGGCUAAUUCUCUGCUAAUGCUGCCUCAUUUUUCAUAGAUUUAUAGUGCUUUUUUUCUACUUUCUGAUAUUAGGAAUGCAUGGAGGUGCUUACUGUACUAGCUGUGUCUCUUUUAGAGAAGUAUUUUUAAAUGUAUACUUAAGUUAUGAAGUCUGAAAUGGUUGGGAAGUGGUAAAAUUAUUCUUGACAGAUAAAAUAGCCAUCAGAACUGUUAGAGCAUUUUCUGUGGAACUGAAGUGAAAUAGGUUAUUAUACAAGGUCUAAUCUUUGACUGUACCACUGUUAGAAGUUUAAUUUAAAAAGAGAACCUAUAGGUGAUUUGAAAUACUACGUGAAAGCAGAAUACUGAGUGAAGGAAAAGCAGAAUGGCACAGAGAAGCAGUAUGUUAACCUCCAUUCCGGAAAACACCGGUCUUGAUUGAUCUUAGUGUUGGAGCUGAAAUGUGUCAGAUGCUUUUGCCUUCUUGAAAUACACUGGUUUUGAGUCAUCUUCUUACUGCUUAAGCCAGAAGUUUUAAAGUUGUUGAACGUAGCUGAGUUAUCCAUGCCAUAUGUAGGUAGUACAACUUAAAAAUACCUGUUGGAGCAGUGAAGUUACAUGUAAGUAUGUGCUACAACCUAAUCACCUCCACCUUAGCCAGGAUAUGCAGGCCAAAUGGUAGACAAUGUCCUUGUAACUUCAGAUACUUUACCCAUGUGACUUCUCCUACUAAUUAGUUUUUUUCCCUAACAGAUGUGGCUUAGGUGAAUAUUUAAUCUGCAAGUCAUGAUACUGUACAAGAGGCUGAAUCUCAUGUCACUUUGGAGUUAUGUACCUGAGAAAAACCUUAAUUAACAGUCACUAGUGUGAGAGGAGGUGCCAUGUUAGGCAUUUUGUUUUUUCAUAAUAUUGAUUACCUUGAAGUUCCAUUUUGAUGCAUUUUCAAAAAUAUAUUUAAAAUAUAAAACCAUUAUGAUGAUGGCUGAAUUUUUUUUUCGUAUUUGGCUGUAAGGACACUGGUCAAUAGCUUGUUUGUUUCCUAUUAUUUUUUUAUCCCAUCUUUCAUGGUGACCUCCUAAUCACAUCUUUUUAAUAGAUCUGUUACUGGCUUUUGGAUUUUUCCAGUCAAGGCCAGAAAUUUGUGCCUUUAUUUCUAAACUGAAAAUCUGCAAGGUGGGAAAAAACCUUUUUUUUUAGUAUUUUCAACACUGCAUAAUAGAGCACGUGCCUGCAUAUGUUUCAGUAUUGUGCCCCUUUCUGCUCAGUCAUGAUUGAGAACAGAGGCUUCUGGUCUACAGAAGUUUUUAAGUGCACUGUGGCUUAAACUAUUCUUUGAACUCUCUUGUUUCUAAAAGUGCAUGAACUGUCAGAGUUCUACCUUCUUCUGAGGGAGAUGUGAUUAAAAAUUAUAAACUGCUAUUCAACAAAUAAAUUAAAAAUAAAAAUCCUUUCAUGGUAAAAGUAAAAAGCCACAUGGUUUACUUUCUGUAUUGUACCAUUUACUUCAGUUUUUGAGGGAAUUUGUGAUUCUUUGCUUUCAGUCUGCUUUUCUUCCCUUAGAAUAUGAUUAGUAAUUUACUUGAUUUUCAAGCUUCUUGAAAUAAGACAGAGGUUAGGUGAAUGUCAGUUCUGAGUGGUGAGUGUAUCUAUCGGUAAUAUUACCUAGUUGCUGCCCCUUACACAUUCUAUACCUUGAAAUGUGGUGUUCUGUUUUUCAAAAAUAAGCAAUGGAACUCUAUUUAUGGUUGAGUGUCAAUAUCCUGUGUUCUGGUGGUUUUUUCCUUGCCACUCCCUGUUGUUGCAGGUGCCAUUUUUAUAUGUUCUCUGAAGAUGUUUUUACAUGGGAUGUAAUACAGUGAUGUGCAUUUAUUUCUGAUCUAGAAAAUGCUGGGUUUUUUCCAGAGCAUUCUGCUUCUAAAUUGCAACAGUCACAUUAAGAGUGGGAAGCAAAAUAAUGUUGUGAACAAGCUGUUAGUAGUGUUUUACCUGCAGUCCUAUUUACGGGUUCUUAGAAUUCGCCACUUUUACUAUAAUGCACAGGGAUAAUUGUGUAUUCUAGAAUUUGAUCAUUGUUUUAUUUAGUUUUAUAUGCAGGGGGAAAUGCUCAAGGUGUUCGUCAGCUGAGACUGUUUCUUUUAGGUCACUAUUAAACUAUACAUGGUAACAGGUGUAAAAUAAAAUGCUGCAUAAUCUUCAGUGUAAAACUUCUUUAUAUGGAGUUUGAUAAAUGUAAAACGUCCUGUAUUUUUUUUUAAUGUGUUAUGUUUUGAAAUUGGUUGCAAAGAUAGUAAGAGUGGGAAGUUUCACAUCUGUGUGUGCACUUCCCGCAGUUCUCCGUGUGUAAGGGACUGGAUUUUUUGGAUAUUAAAGCUUGCUGUAUGGCUUAA